GAAAAGGAAGAUCAGUGACGGAUUCUGUGCAGCUUCUAUCCCUGAGUGUGUCGCUUCCAGUUGCCUCAUUGCAGAGUGGACAGGAGUGACAGCCUGUGCCGCACGCUCUCAUACUCUCAUUAGUGGCUUGUGGACGUUAGAAAAGGGAGAUCAGUGACGGAUUCUGACUUACCAGCUUCUAUCCUUGAGUCCGUAUCGCUUUCAUUUGCCUCGGUGCAGAGUGGAGACGAGUGACAGCCUGCUCUCAUAUUCUCAGUCGCUUGUUGAAGGUCAAAGAAGGACAUUAAUUCACGGAUUCUAACUUUCCAGCUUCUACUCUGAGUCCUGUUUUGCUUCCACUCACCCUGUUGCCUCAGUACAGAGUGGAGUAACAGGGUGUGAUUAACUGUGAUAGCCUGUGAAGUACGCUGUUACGCUGCCAAUCGCUCGUUGAAGGUUACAAAAGGAUGCUUAUUCACCGAUCCUGACCGCAUCAUCUUUCUCGGAAUCCUCCUCUCUUGCCCCUAGUCGCCUUGUCACCUUAGAGCAGAGAGGGCACGCUGUUACGCUGUCAGUCUCGUGUGGAGCAAGAUCUCUGGUGUGGAGGUUGGGAAAGGAAAAUCAGUGACGGAUUUUGACUUUCCAGCUUCUACUCUAGUCCUCUCUUGCCCCCAGUCGCCUUAGAGCAGAGAGGACACGUGUGAUUAACUGUGAUAGCCUGUACUGCACGCUGUUACGCUGUCAGUCUCGUGUGGAGGUUAUAUUAAGGACGUUGAUAUUAGGAUUCUGACAUUACCCGAGUCCGUAUAACUAUUUCUUCCAGUCGCUGUGUUGCCUUAGAACAAAGUGGACACAUUUGCAGUUCGCUCCUAUACUCUCAGUUGCGUGGUGAAGGGUAUGAAAAGGGACACACAUUCACGGAUUCUGACUUAGCAGCUCGAUCCUUCCCCGAGCCUGUAUUGCCUCUAGUGUCUGUCUCCCUAUCGUCUCAGUGGUAGAAAGACAUCUUGGUUGGUAUUCUCAGACGCUUAUAUCUCUCGUCAUCAAUUUCCAAAGGCCAAAACGGAGAGUAAUCAGGUUUUCAUGGGUGUUUUCACGUUUAUGGUCCAGACGAGGGGUCACACUACCACCAGGGUCAUAUAUGUACCCCUGGAAAUGCCGAAUACCCCUUCAAAAACCCUGUCAGAUGUGAGAGUGUAGGCGGCGAAGCGUACUGAGAAUAUGAUCCCUGUACUGUACGAUCUUCGCUCUCAGUCGCGUGUUAAAAGUUAUAAAAAGGAAGAUCAGUGACGGAUUCUGACUUCGCAUCUUACUAAAAGACGAUUACUCAAGGAUCUCCACUUCACACACCCUUUUCAUAGUCCUUGUUGCAGAGAGAACACUAGUGCCAUAUGCUGUCGUACUUCAUCGCGUGUUGAGGUCAUAAAAGGACGAUUAUUCAAGGAUCGCCACUUCGUAAUUCCUUUCCUUAGUUCAUUCCCUGUCCAAUGACCUCGAGAUUCCUUUUUUGUUGGUCCAAUUAGCCUUGUUGACUCUAUUGGUGUUAUUAGUGAACCGAGCGUUCUCAGACCCCGACGCUUGGAGCAUGCGAACAUAAGGAGUCUGCAGAAGAAACAUUAGAACAAAGGGAGUCUGCAAGAGGCCGGUAUAGGAGUUUGUAAAGGAACAUACGAGUCUGCAAAAGGCCGGUAACAUAGUCUGCAAGAGGCCGGUAUAGGAGUUUGCAAAGGAACAUACAAGUCUGCAAGAGGCCGGUAACAUAACAUAAGAACAUAAGGUGUCUGCAAGAAGCCGUUUGUUAUAAGACCAAAGAGAGAGUGAGUUUAAUAAGUGAAAUAAGAAGAAGUUAGGAGUUACUGAAGAACGUAUAGUAGAAAAAGGAUAUUAUAGACACUUUGUGAAGUUAUAUUAUAGUGUAUAUUGGACAUAAGUGGGAAUAUAGAAAGAAAAGAAAGUGUUGUAUGCGAACUACUACUACUACUACUACUACUACUACUACUACUACUUCUGCUACUACUACUACAACUACGGCGGCUACAGUAUAUUAACCAGAUGCUGGUCAAACACGAAAUCAUCACCCAUCUCUCCCUCUACGACCACCCACUCCCAUAACACCCCAUCUUCAUCACCCACCACCACUGCACCACCACCACCACCACCAGCAUGGCCGCGAUCUCCAUACGCACCAGGCUGGGCUACGGGUUUGGGCAUAUCCUGAAUGACCUCUGCUCGGCGAUGUGGUUCACCUAUCUUCUGGUCUAUUUCCACCAUGUUCUGCUCUUCGAUAAUGGGCUGGCUGGCGUGGUCUUGCUAAUAGGACAGGUCGCCGAUGCCCUGUCCACCCCAUUCGUAGGGCGCGAGGCAGACAGAACAGACGACCUUCCCUUCUGCGUGCGCUACGGCAGGAGGAAAACAUGGCAUCUUGUUGGGUGUCUGAUGGUGCUGUGUGCCUUCCCCUUCAUCUUCAUGGGCUGCCUGGGCUGUGGACAUGCUCACGACUGGGCUCAGCUGGUCUACUACGCCCCCUUCGUCGUGGUCUUCCAGUUCGGAUGGGCGGCGACGCAGAUCAGCCACCUCUCCCUCAUCCCGUCCCUAACGCAAGACCCUAACGACCGUACGGAACUCAAUGCUAUAAGGUAUGGGUUCACGGUGAUGUCUAAUGUGAUGGUGUACCUGGUGACCUGGAUGGUGCUGGGCCUGGACACCACCCCCACCACUGAGAAGGAGACUGGCAUCGGCCCUGAGGAUGCUGUCAAGUUUAGGUACAUCGUGGCCAUCGUCCUCGUAAUCGGCGUGAUCUUCGUGUCUCUCUUCCACGCACUCGUAAAGGAAUCGAACACCUACAGCCCCUUGUCGAGCAUGCAGGUGGAGAGCUCCGACUGCAAUGGCUCCACCUCCUCCUCUUCCAACUCCCCUGCUUGCACACCAUCCCCGCCCACACACUUCAGAAUGACGGCUUCGGACUGGCUCAAGAACACACAGUUCUACCAGGUUGCCGUUCUCUACAUGGCCACGCGCCUCUUCUGCAACCUCUCCCAGGCCUUCAUUCCCAUCUACCUCCAGGACCAUCUGCACUUGCCUGAGGAGUCUGUGGCGUAUAUCCCCCUUGUCAUGUAUAUCUCAGGCUUCCUCAUGACCACUGUGAUGCGCGCGCUUAAUAAGUAUAUUGGGCGGAAGGCCUCCUUCAUGCUCGGAGCUGUCGUAGGGGCGGCCGCUGCGAUAGCCCUCCGCCUCGGCCAUGGGGAGAUCUACGUCAACUACCUUCUAUACCUGGUGGCUGCUCUUCUGGGGGCGGGCGGGUCAGUCAUGCUGGUCACCUCGCUCUCUAUAACCGCUGACCUCAUAGGACCCAACGUGGAGUCUGGGGCUUUCGUGUACGGGGCGAUGAGUUUCACGGACAAGCUCUCGAAUGGUGUGGCCGUGGUCCUCAUACAGAAUCUAAACCCCUGUGUAAACUGCUGUCCGAUGUGCUCCACCUAUUACCGGGACAUCCUCUUCUACUGCUGUGGCGGGGCGGCGGUUCUGGGAUUCCUCGCGGUCAUCACGCUGCUGCCGGCCAAGAUAGGAGACCGUAAGAAAGCCUCUCUUCUCUCCACCACACUGCACACCCACACAGUCCACGGCACCUUCCCUCUGCUGAGCUCCACCCACAGGUCCUCCACGCGGCCCCGCUCGGCCCCCACACGACAGGCCCACUCCAAGACUAACCCACUUGUUCUUUAG